CGCGGGACGAAACAACGAAACCAAACAAACCCGGAGCCAGCCAGAGCCUCUAGUCCGGUUGAAAGUUCUGGAGAACCAGCGACAGGCUCAGCAGAGCGCGGCGGGGAUUCAACCUAGACUGACCGCAUUCAAUAUCUGGCUCUUAGACGGAGGAAAGGACCGGCUUUUGAACACACUUUGUCAUUUCAGCUCCGGAAGUAACAACAAAGACUCAACAAGUUAGUUUUUUUGGAGGUUUAACUACCUUUUUAUUGGACUUCUCCGUGUAAUUAUUUGAUUCAUUUAAACGUCCAAAAUAAACCAGACGACCACCGGCUAAAAGGCGAACGACAGGUUGCGCAACUAAAACAGAAGCAAACGUCAUCUCCAGUUCUCCCAGUGCAACAGUGACUGGUCCCAGUUGGAGUUCGGUUUCAAGACAAUAAGCUGCUUUCCCACGUCUUCGUUUUUGCAACUCUGCAACACAAAGAAGUGACCAGAAAACAUUAUCCACGGUGUUUUUCAGCGGUUUGACCCGCGCGCCGGAGCAGUCAGUCAUUCUGAAGCAGCAAUACCUGAGGAUGGAUGUGGCCACCACCAGAAGUCAGCUGUGUCUGAAGAGGCUGCUGGCUGAGCCUCAAGAAAACUUACCAAAAUGUAAACGAGCCUGUCUGGAGACCUCCCCCUCUGCAAACAGCCUAUCAGCUUACCUCACACCAACAAACCCGGCACCCAAGUCUAGCCCGAGUCAGCCUCCAUCCAGAGUUGGAGCGUACCUGCUGUUAGAAAGCUGUGAGAAGGAGGAAACCUAUAGAGCAGUGCACACGAGCACACAGAAGCAGUACACUUGUCAGGUUCUACCUCUGCGUGGUUUCCAGGAACGGUUAGCAGCCUAUGACCGCAUCGGUAAACACGACAACAUCUGCAGUCUGCAGGAUGUGGUGGUCGGUCAAGACAACCUGUAUGUUUUUCUUCCCGAUCAUCAUGGCGACAUGCACGCAUACGUGCGCAGCAGGAAGCGUCUGGAAGAGGAAGAGGCGGGACGUCUGUUUGCUCAGAUGCUAAACGCAGUGGUACACUGUCAUCAAAAAGGAGUCAUCCUGAGGGACCUGAAGCUGCGACGAUUCGUAUUUAUGGACCAAUACAGAACUCGUCUUGCCCUGCUUGGCCUAAAUGACUGUGUCGUUCUACACGGUAACCUCAAUGAAGACUUUCUCAAAGACAGACACGGCUGUCCUGCUUACGUCGGCCCCGAGCUGCUCACCAAUGGAAACGGCUCCUAUUCUGGUCGCGCCGCAGACAUCUGGAGCCUCGGCGUGUCCCUGUACACCAUGCUAAUUGGACGAUACCCUUUCCAGGACACGCAGCCAACUGCACUGUUCGCCAAGAUCCGCCGUGGGGUGUUCAGCCUUCCCAAUAGCUUAUCCCCACAGGCAAAGUGUCUGAUCAGCUGCAUGCUGAGGAAGACGCCUGUUGAGAGACUGAAAGCAUCUGAACUUCUGAUGCACCCGUGGCUGACCAACCAUUGCAUGCAACACCACAACGUACACAAGUCCCAUCACAACCAAAAUACCACUCAGAACAAGCAGGAGGAGGAAGACCAAGUGGUGCCAACAUGGACGGAGAAACAAUAACACUUUAAUACACAAACACUAUAUCUUCACACAUGUGGGUAUUUAUAAUAAAACAUGCCUGGCCAAAAGUCAAACAGUCAGUCACCAUCUAGCAGUGGUUUUAUUGUAAUGCAUUUCUUCAAUGUGAGUAAUUGACUUUCAGUUAGAGCUGCAUUAUUUAAACACUUCAUUUUAAUGUUGUUUUAAUCAAUACUUGAACUAAUGAUAAAAAAUAAGCUAAAGGCAGGGAAUGCUUUUCCUUUUGCAGUUCCUACAAUCUAUUUCAUAACCAGAGCCUAAAUGAAUUAUAGCAUUGUGCCAUGCAAAGUGGCUGUGCAAUUUGAAAGAGACAGCGAUUGAUGACAGCUUAUUAUGAUGUAUUAAAUUAGUCAGCUGACGGCAUCUUUUUAGGGCCAUACAAGGACUAAAAGGACAAACUGCAUUUACCCUACAGUUCUGCUUUUAUGGUUCGUUUUCCUCAGUUACAUUUCAAACAUCUAAGUUCCUUAAGAUAACAAUCAUUCACCAUUUAUUUCAGAUGAUAUAAAGGUUUUUUUUAUUUUUAGAAUGAAUAGCUCUUAACUUAUCUUCAUUUAUUCCAUCUACUUCUGUCUUUGCUUGAUGAAGAGCAAUAAUUUGAUCCAGCUGAAAAUACAUAGCAUAUCCUUCACCGUCAGUCUGUCAUCUAAAAGCUUUACUUUUCAGCACAAGACUGCAAUUUUAUCUUAAGCUCAACUGGUUUCUGUCUUUUUGGGCCAGGCAGUGUGUACUAAAUUAACAACUAUAACCUUAAUUCCCAUUUCAAGGUUGAAACAUUUCUCCAUGAAAGUCAUUACAAGUCAUUUUGUUAUUUUUAACAAAUGUAUUGAUAGAUGAAGUGAUGAACACUACCAAUGCUGUGGUCCUGGAUUACUUGAACCUUGGGUGCCUUUUUCAGUCGGUUGUUGUGUCUCAGUUUAUGCUCCGCCUCUUUCAGACUGACUCGUCCAACAUGAUGACCCAUCUAAGACUUAAACCUACAGUUCCUCUUUCUAAUUAUCUGUUCUGCUGCCGUCUGUGAUGCUUGGAACUGGCUUUAGCAAUUAACAGGGUUUUAAGGGGUAUUUCUGCAUGACAUGCAGUGUGAAAACCUUUUAGGUAUAUUCGAUGUCAGAUGAGUAUUACUUUUUUUAAAAGGGAAGCUGACCCAUAGUAGACUACUUUUAUAAGAUUUCAUGGUUUUGUUUUUUUAGUGAUGUAUAUUAAAGAUUUUGGUAGAUCUUUCCAUCAAAACAACAGUCUGUUCAAACAGCCAACUGGAUAUGUGGUCUUACAUACAAAGUGGUUGGUAUAAUACUGUAUAUUUAAAAAAAAAAAAGAUAAAUGCUUAUUAACAUUUAAUGGCGACCGUGUUCAUGUGUUUUCUUUUUACCAACUCUUGAAAUUAGCUUCAGCUUCACUAUUUACAGCUUAUACUGAUGUUUCAGGUGUUCAAAUUUUUGCCUGAACAGAAUUUCAAUCAGUCUCUGGAGGAGGCAGAGCCUAAAAGAGGCAGCACACCGUUCAAUUGUUUACAUUUACAAAUCCUGGUGGUGAUCAUAACAACCUUUACGGAUUUAAAACGUGUUACUGAGAUCAAUGAGUUUAACUUGUAUUUUUAGUUUUCUUAUAAACUUAUUUUUAUUUAGCCUGUAUUUAAUUAAAGAUUAAAAAUGAACUUGGAAAUUACCACAUAAUAAAAAUCAAAAAAUUGUAAAGUUACUGAGAAUAUCUAUAGAUUGGAUUUAAUAUAAACAAAUAAAUGUGAAUAAAUAAACUUAAAUUUUUUGGAUAAUUAAAACAUAUUUUGGGGUUUUCAUGUUCCAAAUUGGAUGAAACAGCUUGUUGCAGAUUUGCCAUUAUUUAACAUAUUUUUUAAAGAAUAAAAAAAUAAGCACUUAAAUACCCCGAAAAAUCGUAUGAUUUUGUAGUAACAGAAGAAUUAUUCUUAACUUAAUCUGUCCUGCUUUACUGACUAGCUUUAAGCCUGCAAACAGUAUGCCUUUUAUUGUACAGUGCAAUUCUGAUGUCAGUUGUAAAAAUAAAAAAUAA